AUGGCUCCAAAGAAGAAACCACUUGUAGUGAAAACCACCAAGAAAACCAUCCGAGAAACGGUCAAAGUUUCCGUAGUAGAUCGAACCACAAACACACCAUUGACCAAAAACGUUUCCUCGAAAGAAAAGAUCGAAAUCUUGACAGAAAAGACCGCCCCUCAAGACCAAGUAACAUUAUUAGUACCAUAUUUGGAACUGAUUAACAAUAACGGUCAUCAUGAAAGCUUAGAAACUAACGGCGGUGGAGAAACAAGAGUAGAGAUCAAGGUUCAAGAUGUAGCGGCGGAAAGACAAGGAAAGCCAAAGAAAGGCGGCGGAGCAGGGAGGCGGAAGAAGAGGAGGAGGAGGAAGAUGGGAGAGAGUGGCGGUGGUGAAGUAGUAGUAGAGUAUAGGAGAUAUGUGUAUAGGGUGUUGAAACAAGUGCAUCCGGAUUUAGGGAUAUCGUCGAAAACCAUGACGAUUAUAAACAACUUGAUGAAUGAUAUGUUUGAGAGAUUGGCGGAGACGGCUGCUAAGUUGUCGGAGUAUAACAAGAAGAUGACGUUGUCGUCGAGGGAGAUACAAGCGGCGGUGAAGUUAGUGGUGCCCGGUGAGCUUGGGAAGCAUGCUAUUGCCGAAGGGACUAAGGCGGUUACUAAUUAUACCUCGUAUACCGCCCCUCGUGGUGGCGCAUGA